AUGGAGAUGUUGGGCACAAAGGUUUUCAAGGCAACUCUGGAUGGGCGCGUGUUGUGGGACCUCCGAGGCGGCAAGGACAUGCACCGGUCCAUGUGGGAGAUACCCGUUCUGCCAUGGAAGGAGGCGGCUGCGCGCUUGGCUGCUGGAGAUGUGAGAGGAGGGCAUGUUAACCACGUGGACAAUGGAGGAGAUGGUGAUGACGGUGAUGGCUCCUUGGGCAUGAAGGGGCUGCGCUACCAAGUGUAA